AUGACAUUAUUUGCUGUCAACUUCCAACUUGGAUCGUUCGUUUAAGUUUUUACAAUAGUUUAAUCUCAAAUAUUAUGCUGGCGAGACAAUUAAUUCAUCUGACAAGAAAUUUUUCGUCGUUGAGUCGCCACCCGUCGAUUGUCAACCAACACACGAUACUAUGCACACUGAAUUCGGAUAGUAUUACGAGAUUGUACUCGAUUGAUCUUAAGGAUGAAUCGUCGCCGGUCAAGACAGACGAAAAGGAGGACCGUAAGAUGAAAUUGAUCAAAUUGGAAAUGGAAAGUAUGCGUGAGGACGGCCGAGAUAUGCCCGAUUUUAGUUUCAUUAAAAAACAACAUUGGAACGAAAUGUUAAAGUUAGAUAGCAAAUCUGCCCGGCGAAAGUACUACAAUUUCUUGUUCGUAACUCAAAUGAAAGUGGAAGUGGAGAAGGCGAAAAAGCAACAAAAAGCGUUGGCAAACGCGGCAUUUAAGGAGCAACAGGCAAAUGAUAAGCCCCCUUCUAGGUCAAGAUUUCUGCUGCGCAUUUAUGACCAAACGAUGAACAGAUGGCGAAACAAUAGACUGUUCCGUGCGAUGCAAUUCAGCGAGAAAUUAGUUUUCGACUGUUCGUACGAUGAGUAUAUGAACAGGCAAGAAGCAAAAUCAGCAGCUAAGCAAUUGAUUGAAGUUUUUUCCGGAAAUCGACUACACAGAGACCCGUUCGAUUUACAUUUCUGCAAUGUAAACUUUAACAGCCCCACAUUCGAAAGAGUACAGUCCCUCAUACCGACUCUGCGCGAUAGAGCAUUUCCAUUGCAUUUACACGAGACAAGCUAUUUGGAUGUGUUCCCGAAAGAUAAACUGGUCUACUUGACACCUCAUUGCAAAACCGAUCUGACCGAUUACGAUCCGGAUGCCGUUUACAUAAUUGGCGCAAUGGUCGACACAAGCAAUCACGAACCAUUGUCAAUGAUGAAAGCAAAGACAUUGGGCAUAAAGAUGGCAAAACUUCCGUUGGAACGGUAUUUAGAUUGGGGACAGGGCGACAAAACGCUGACCCUCGAUCAGAUGUUGAAGAUUAUGUUGCAGUGGAGAGCGACCCAGAGCUGGGAGAAAGCACUGCAACAUGUUCCGAGACGGAAGGUCAUGAAUAAAGACGUUGAAGUCCGAAAAUGGACCGUAAAUGCGAACAAAUUCAAACCGAAUUAUCGAAACGAAAAUUCUUUCGAUAAUUGGUUGGACUCGAUGGGAAAUGACGUAAGCGGAUUGUCGACUGCUGACAAAUUCAAACGCAAACCUGGUACGUUCAAUCAGUUUUCGAACGAAAGGAACACAAAACCAAAGUUUGACGUCAGACGAACUGAUAUCACGAUCGAGUCGAAGGAGAAACCAGGAAAUGACAAUAGACAGUUGUCGAGCAAAUGGAAAGAGAGACCUAGUUUCGACUCCAGUCAAACCGAUGGCAUCUCCAAUAAAGUCAAGAAGCCUAAUCGAACUGGUAGUAAGUCGCGGGUCGACAUAAAAAAAUUGUUGGAUGAAUGAGUCAAUUGGCUCGGUCUAGUUUAGCUGUACAAAUGUCGAAAUAAAUGAGACGAAGACACAU